AUGGAGGUUAGAGCCCUGUGGCUGCUGCUCCUGCUGGCCCUGUGGUCCUCAGGCUCGGCCGACGAGUUUGUGGGCCUGUCGCCCAGCCAGUGCCAGGUCUCCGCUGAGGAAAGGGUGGACUGCGGCUACUCUCAGAUCACCGAGGAGGAGUGCAACAACAGGGGCUGCUGCUUCGACUCCAGCAUCCGGGGCGUGCCCUGGUGCUUCAAGCCUCUGCAGAAUGCAGCCCUGCAGCGCAAGGAGGGUAUGGGGUUGCCCUGUGGCGCACCGCAGCCCUUCUCCAUGGCACUGCACGGCCCAGACUAUGGGGGCAUUGCCUCAAUGCCCACCCUCAAACUGCCAUCUUGA